AUGUCGAACACCAAAAAACGUGCGGCGGACGCUAACCCUCCGGCCAAGAAGGCGAAGAAGAGAAAGGGAAAUUUUGAGAAUAAUGAGUCGUUAGAUGCUGAGUUGGGAAUCAACACUCUCUUCUCGCGCAUGGACAGCCAGCUUCUGGCAGAUCACAUCGCUCAGAAAACGACACGGUUUGGGACAGAAUUGAGUCCCGUCGAACUCUCAGAUAUCUCAAUCACAGCCGGAUCCAUCACAGAUACCAGUUCGUGGCAGGAGCAGCGGAUUCUGACCAACCUUCCAGGCUUUCUGGAGCAAUUUUCAGAGGACAAGGAAGGUCUAAGUCGCUCGCCUAAGAAGAAGGGAUCGCCUCAUACUCUGAUUGUGGCAGGAGCUGGUCUGAGGGCUGCUGACAUUGUGCGUGCCGUGCGUAAGUUCCAAACCAAGGACAGUGCAGUCGUCAAGCUGUUUGCGAAACACAUGAAGAUCGAGGAGCAAAUUACCCUACUCAAGAGCAAGAAGACGGGAAUUGCUGUUGGCACGCCGGCGAGAUUGGCGGAUUUGAUUGAGAAUGGUGCGCUCUCAUUGGAGAAUUUGGAACGCCUGGUCGUUGAUGCAUCGCAUAUUGACCAAAAGAAGAGAGGCGUUAUGGACAUGAAGGAUACUAUGAUGCCACUUGCUCGCUUCUUAGCGAGGAAGGAGUUCAGGGAGAAAUACGCAGCCGAGGAGAAGCCACUUUCUUUACUAUUUUAUUAG